UUCAACGCACCUCUGGUCAAUUUCACCCACGCUGCAUCUCAGGCGAUGGCAAGCUGCAGGAAUGGCUAAAACCUACCAGCUCUAUAUGGUCUUGCUGUUCCUGAACAUCAGCACCGGGGCCGAGCCAUCUCAAAACCCUGGGCAUGGUGUGCCAGAAUGAACCAAAAGCUAGAUUUCCCUCUUGGCAGUUUCAAGACUGUUUUACACAUGGAAUUACAGAGAAUCAAUCAACAUUCCACCUUCAUAGAUGAGAGCGGGGGAAGAACUGCCAAUGUUGGAAAUACACAGCAAGCGAAUCAGCAUGUAGAAAGAGAAGAGAUUAAUGACUUGGAUGGAAACCCUUUUAUCAGGCUUCGCGCUGAAGUGCUUUUGUAAGCAUUGUGUGAAGACAAACCAAACUUGUGAGACAGACGGAGCAUGCCUGGCCUCCCUCUCCAGAAUUGGGGGCGUUGAGCACGAGAUCCGAGUGUGCGUGCCUCCCCAAGACUUGGUUCCACCAAUCUACUGCCGGAGCAACAAAGAGUAUGUGACUACCAUCUGCUGUUAUAAAGACUUCUGCAACAACCUGGAGUUACCUCCUCCAGAAGGUCCAAAAGACGAUGCAUUUGACGGCUGGGGUCCUGUGGAACUGGCAGCGGUGAUUGCUGGGCCAGUGUUUCUCCUGUGCGUGGUGCUGAUGGUGACCGUGUUCCUGUGUCAUUACCAUCACCAGCGAGCCUACCAUGACCGUAACCAGCUGGACAUGGAGGAGCCGUCCUGUGACCACAUGUACAUCUCUGAGGGGAAGUCGUUGAAGGACCUCAUGUUUGACAUGACUACCUCAGGAUCUGGAUCUGGCUUGCCGCUAUUCGUACAGCGCACCAUCGCGAGGACCAUUGUCCUUCAAGAAAUAAUUGGAAAAGGCCGUUUUGGGGAAGUGUGGCGAGGGAAAUGGAGGGGUGGUGACAUUGCUGUCAAAAUAUUCUCCUCCCGGGAAGAGCGCUCGUGGUUCAGGGAAGCGGAGAUCUACCAGACAGUCAUGUUGCGCCACGAGAAUAUUUUGGGGUUCAUCGCAGCAGACAAUAAAGAUAAUGGAACAUGGACACAGCUAUGGUUAGUGUCUGACUAUCACGAACAUGGCUCUCUCUUCGACUACCUGAACAGGUAUACAGUCACUAUUGAAGGCCUGAUCAAGCUGGCACUCUCAGCUGUCAGUGGGUUGGCACACCUGCACAUGGAGAUCGUGGGCACUCAGGGCAAGCCUGGGAUUGCCCAUCGAGACUUGAAGUCCAAAAAUAUUUUGGUCAAGAAGAACGGCACCUGUGCUAUUGCUGAUCUGGGCCUAGCUGUCAGGCAUGACUCGCUGACUGACACCAUCGACAUUGCCCCCAAUCAGAGAGUGGGCACAAAACGUUACAUGGCCCCUGAAGUACUGGACGAGACGAUCAAUAUGCAACACUUCGAUUCCUUCAAGUGUGCUGACAUUUACGCCCUCGGACUGGUGUACUGGGAGAUAGCUCGCAGAUGCUCCACCGGAGGAGUCCAUGAGGAUUAUCAACUGCCAUACUUUGACCUUGUGCCCUCUGACCCCUCCAUAGAGGAAAUGAGGAAGGUUGUUUGUGAACAGAACCUGAGGCCAAAUGUCCCCAAUAUUUGGCAUACUAAUGAGGCAUUACGAGUCAUGACCAAGAUCAUGCGGGAGUGCUGGUACGCCAAUGGAGCAGCCAGGCUGACGGCUCUCCGCAUCAAGAAAGCAUUGUCACAACUGAGCAUACAAGAGGACGUGAAGAUCUGAGGCGAGGAGCGAGAAGCAGGGAAGCAUGGCACUGUGGAAUCGAACCUACACACCACCUGCCACUGUGGUUGCAGAGCAAUGUCUACCUCACUACAUAAAGAGCCAAUCCUGCUGAAGUGUUGACUGGAAGAGUAGUAUCCUGUUUUAUUGGGGGUGGCAGGAGGGAAGGCAAACAGGGUGGUGGGGGAGGUUUGAGGAAAGCUUAAGUAAGCCAAGACUACAAUAAAGUAUUAGGAACUUCUUAUGGAUCUCAUUUUGAUAAGAAAGUGGUAAUUUUCAUAACCCAGAAGGGACAAAAUGGCUUCCCAGCAAUGGUGAAGGCUGCAACUGCUCAUGAUGAAAAAUUGGAAAACACAAGUUUGUCUUCGAGCAAACAAUGAAAAUAUUUGGUUUGUUUUGAAAUUGCAAUGUGUUCCUUAAACAGUGGGUCCCCUCCCCCCCCCCCUCACAAGUUGUGUUUUCUUUUAAAUUUUGUUUUAGAAAUUCCCUUUUUAAUGUCUUUUUCAGGUCCAUGUAAGAAAUGGAGGACAUUGUUCUCUGUUUUUAUUGUUGUAUAACUUAAAUGGAAUUGCCAGGUAGGAGGGACAGGAGAAGCGAUUUAUUGAAACUGAGCUCUCUAAUCCCUCGUUUUAACAAACAGGUUUUCAGAUUAUUACAUGAGGAAGGUUAACUUUUUAUCAAAAGAAAAUAUAAAUCUUCAGUGCAGCCUGGCUGACUGACCUCCUGGGCUGUUUCCUUGACGGUACAUCCUUGAGGUUUUAAAGUUGGGUUACCUAGGGUCCUAACCCACCCAACAGUUCUCGACUGUAAGAAAGUUAGAGUCCGCUACCACUGUGUCAGCUGGGAUCUUGGCAGACACUGCCCCUUCACUUUCCUUGGGUUUGAGGGCAAUUAUGUGAAAUGCUCGCACUAUUGUCCAUGUAGCUUAGAGAAACACAUAGGAGCAUCACCGUAGAUUGUAGUCCUUCCCAAAACAUUGGCUGUGCUUGGAGAGAGCUGUCGGAACAAGGAGGCUAAACUUACAAAACUGGCUUGAAGAGAACUGGUUUGAGGUGAUGAAUUAGAAGCUUCAAACUGGGGACUGCCUUGAGGUUAUUGAAUUGAUUGUUCCCACUGUAGUUUAUUAAAUAGGCCCAGCAACAGCCCUGGGUAAAUAGGCUGAAGCAUUUCCGAGAAUAUUGGGUUUGUACAGCCAUCACUGAAUGGGAAAUAAUGCUGCCAUCUUUGGACCCAGUAGCCUUCUGACCCAAGACCAGAAGUCUGGGAAGCCAGUUGGAUUAAAGAUUCCCACACUAAGGAACCCAAUUUGGCGGAGUUGUCGAGGACCAAGUGUUGCAGUGCUUGCUUUCAGCCAUCAGAGGCCGCCUGCAUUCCCAGUGAGUUCUACACAGCUUGGCAGUGAAGGGUGCUGGUGACACCUAGUGGUGGUGUGUGUCAGUGCUCCAGUUCUCGAGAAGGGGAAGCUGGUACCUCUCAAAACAGCGCACAGCACUGGUGAGCCUUGACUCUGUGCUUCAGUUCAUUAAGAAGGGGAGAUGGUGUAUGUUUUGUCUCUGCUCUUCACCCUCCCCUUUCAGAGUUGUCACCUAGCCAGUUUUUUGUAACUAGCCCAACAACAUUCUUUUGCAAUUGUUGAUGGUUUUUAACUGGCUGUUUUUUUAACGUGAUAUUUGGAGAGGUGGGGUGGGGGAAAGUUGCUGAUUAAAAUUUGACUGGCAGCAAUUGCAAAAUCUAGCAUGUGAACAGGAGCAGGGGGCUAGUUUUAUUUUUCUUCCCCCGGUGUGACCUGUUGAGAUUGCUCCAGAUUUGAAACGUUUUAAUGUACCUUGUGCAAAAGGUUACCUGUGCUGUCAUGUGGGGCAGUCACCAGGCUCAGGCACAAGAGGUGGUCGAUCGAACUGCUGGCAUCCCUGACACCAGCGACUGUUAGGGGCGGUGGGGGGGAGUGAAUGAUUCCACCCUCACUGUUCAUCAGCAUUCUCUUUUUAGUGAUCCAGUUUUUACCCUCGAGAGAGACUAUCUUAACUCUGUGCAGACCAGGAAUUGAACCUUAAACCUGAUUGAUCUUUAAUGCAACAAUGCAUUUGCCUACUAAACCAGCACCUGGCUUUUAAAAAUAAAUAAAUGCACUUGCCUCACGUUCCCCAAUUGCAAGUGUUGCUGUACUUUUCAACUGUCAGGCACCUUGGAGACACUUCAGAAUUAAAAUGUGGAGGUUGAUUGCUUUUGAAUUAUGGGUUAAAGGGUUUAUUGUCUGACCAGCACAGCAUUAGAGUGAGGGCCUGACUCUUAAAAUUUAAAAGGGCCUCAUUGCCAAACCAGUUUCUGGGCAGUGAGGCGGAUAUCUCCAGUCAAAUAUCAUUCUAUUAUCACCCACAAAGCCCCUCCUCCAUCCCCCAACCCCCCCGAUCGGCACAGCAGUGAGGUCAGUGCAUCUUCCUGUGUUGAUAUGACCCUGUAGUAAAAAGGCUGGCAGAUGCUUUACCAUGGCAACCGUGCCCCUUCAAUCACUUUCAGCCUCUCAUGCAAAAAGUGCGGUGACCUGCUGAACAUGUCCUGGCACUGAAUGCCCACUUGAUUUGGCACUGAACGCCAAAGUAGAUUGGCAUGUACUGCACGUGGGAAUCGGUUACUCAUUUUACUCAAAACUACUGACUUCCACCCAUAUCUUUUUUUUAAAAAAAAAAUUUACCUCAUGGUAUGCAAAUAGAAAUCGUUACAAUUGUAAAUACUUUUGUUUUGAUGUGAAACUUGAUAUUCUAGAGCUUGUAUUUUGACUUUGACAUGCUAGGCAAGUUUUAAGACUACUGCUGUUGUAUAAACAAAUCGCUUCAUCUUUGAAUAUUUUUGUAUGGGGCCUCUGUGCUGUUGUGGCUGGUGACGGUAUUUGUAAAUCUGUUUCUUCAUGCUGCUAAUACGAUUUCGAAUGCUGCACGGCCUCAAGAAAAGGGCCCACUGCACGAUCAACUGGCCGAAAUCUUGCUGGGUAAGGUUAUCAGUGGGCAGGCAAACUGGCAUGUAACCAUCUGCCUGGUUUACACCAGUUGCUUUCAACUUCUGUUGGCUAUGGGGAGGGGAAAUGGGGGAAGGUAGUAUGGGAAGGUCUUCUGCAAAUGCUAAGGUGCUUUCAAAGGGGCAAUCCCCACAACACUCCGAGGGUCAACUACACUCCAAAAUUGUCCAAAUUUCCAAAAAGCCAAGCGCUACUUCCAAAGGAAAGUUGCCAACAUUUUAGAAGCAAGGUAACACUGAGGACAUCUCUGCUGGCGUACUGGAGGAUUGUUCUUUUGUUUAUUGGUUGCUGCAAUGCUGGACUGCAGUGCAUGCUGGGCCUCAGAGAAGCCAUAUUGGAAAGGACAAGUUGCUUUUCUUAAAGGCACAACCUGCUUGUAUUCUACAGAAGGAAUAGUUGACAUAACUGGGCAAAAGGAGGGCAAAUGUGCCCUGUGCACCUCCGACAGCCAGAACAUAUGCUGGGCUUGUGCAUAUUCACAUCAAAUGUUAAUGGAAACUCCUCUCUGUUAACUUCUUCGUUUAUUACUUGGGCUUCAGGCGAAUUUGGGAGUAGGGGGCAAAGGGUGGGGAGACUGCUGGAUUUAUCACAUCCAAGCCUGAUUCUGUCUGUCCAAUGCCCACGCAUACAGCAGAGCCACUGGAUAGAGAUGAGCAAAGGUAGCUCUUCCACCACCACGCACCUAAAUCAGUCCAACCUUGCCACCAUCUUGACUGAGCUCUAACUCUGCAUGGACCAGUUCCAUCUUGAUGGUGCAAUCACCAACCUAGCUAUGGCCACUAGAAAAGAAGGUCCAUUUUUACUCUGACCUUGGCGUGCCCCAAAGUGCUUUACCAGGGAAGUACUUUUGAAGUGUCAUCAUUAUUGUAAUGUUGGAAAUGUGGCAGCCAUUUUGCGCACAGCAAGCUCCCACAAGCAAUGUGACAACUGAUCACUUGAGCUGCUUUACUGAUAGUUGAGGGAUAAAUAUUGGCCAGGACACCAAGGAGUGUUCCCCCUACUCUUGUUUUUCACAAUAGGGGCCAUGGGAUUGGUUAUCAAGGUCCUGUCUAUUCUCACGUUUCAAUAGCAAGGCAGCACCUCCAACAGUGCAGCACUCCUCUCUCCAGUACUGCAUGGGGAGCAUAAACAGAGAUUACGGGCUUGAUUGUCUCGAGUGGGGCUUGAGCAACGCUAGUGCAGCUGCCUUGUAAUAAAAAGCAGCCAGGCAAGCUUGCUCAAGACUAUUCUUUAGCCUCCAAUCAAUGCUGCUCUGACCCAGCCUUCGUUUUUGCUGAUAAUCUGGCUCGAUAGUGACAACAUGGUUGACCGUCCAUGUACUAAACCCAACAAGGUUUCGGCCCAUCCCACUGUGUAUUUGAACUAACUGGAGUGUGUUUUAACUGAUGUAUUGCAUUCUUCAUGGUUUGCGAUCAGAAUUGUGUGUACAUAUUGGAAAAAUAAAGAUGAAUUUUUCAUUUA